ACUCCAGAACUCUUUCAAAAGAUAGCAUUGAUAAUAAUUACAUCAAAGGAACUUCAUGCACAUUUAAAUGGCUCAUUGAGUAUAAGUACAAUACAAAAAUUACACAACAUGAAAGGUUCUAAUCUUUCUUUUGAUGAAGCUUUUAUGGGUGUUAUUGAUUUUACAUCCUUGAGUGGGUGUUUUAAAGUAUUUGACAUAGUACAUGCUCUUACAAUUACUCCACAGGCUGUACUUCUUGCUACUUGUGACACAAUAAAAGAAUUUUAUGAGGACAAUGUGAUCUAUUUAGAAUUGAGAAGCACACCCCGUGCUGUGCAAGGUUCCAUGACAAAAACAGAAUAUCUUGAAGCUAUAAUGAAAGCUUUUAACAUAUCCAAGUCUCAGUAUCCAGAGAUUGUUGUAAAACUAUUGGUAUCAAUUAAUCGAAAAGAAGGAUUUGAAUCGGCGAAAGAAAAUAUAAAUCUUGCGAAGCAGUUUAUGGAGAAGUAUCCACAAUAUGUUGUCGGCAUUGAUCUGAGUGGUGAUCCAACUGCGGGAGAUAUUGAAAAUUUUUUACAGUUAUUAGAAAUGUCCAGGGAAAUGGGUCUCAAAAUUGCAGUUCAUUGUGCAGAGGUACCAAACAAUAUAGAGACAAUUCAUAUAUUAAAAUUUAAACCUGAUAGACUAGGACAUUGCACUUGCAUUCAUCCUGAUUUGGGAGGUUCCAGUAUAUUGUUCAAAAUGUUACUAGAUUUUAAAAUUCCUGUUGAAUUAUGCUUGACAUCAAAUGUUAAAUGUAAAACGGUAAAAUCCUAUAUAGAUCAUCAAUUUAAAUAUUUAUAUGAAGCUGGACAUCCUAUAAGUAUUGGGACUGAUGAUAAAGGUGUUUUUAAUACCUGUUUGUCACAAGAAUUAAAAUUGUUAAGCACUGCUUUUAAUAUUGGGAAGGAAGAACUUAAGAAACUGACAGCAUUAUCUGUGGAAUAUAGUUUUGCGACUACAGAAGAAAAGAAAAGUUUAUCAUCGAUUAUUGAGAAUUUUGAGUGAUAGUCGACUUUAGUUUCAACAUUCCGAAUCAUAACAUUGCUUUUUCCUUAAAGACAAGAACAUGUGUUGAAACAAGUUCACGGAGACGAUUAAUAUUAUUUUAUACAUAUUAUUAUAAUAAUAAUAUUAUUUUAUACAUAAUACGUAAAAUAUUAUAUUUUAAAACAUGAAAAUGUGUGCGAAAGUGUGUCGAUAUAUGUUGAC